ACCCCGCCCACAGCAGAGAUUAUUUUGACAGGUAGGCACAGACGGAUCGCUUCGUCCUUUAAUUUAGCUGAUUUUUUACCCCCUAAAGACCUGCGCAGCUGGACUGAGGACCCCGGAUAGAGACGGCAGGUGGUCUGCAGCGGGGCUGAGAGGAGCGGGCUCCGGUUUGGAGCGGGUUUGGGAAUCGGUCCGCACCGUUGGAAAGAACAGAAGGAGGGAAAGUUUGCCUUGGCUUCAGUUCACGGUGAUACACCCUUCCUCUCUUACCUUGCCUCCUCGCCUUGUUCCCUCGACACCUCGGUCCUCCACGGUGGGUCCGAAGGAGACCUCACGGGCGGCUGAGGGUCAUGUUCAGAUAGAGACCGGCUCCACGCCCCACCCCCCCUCACCCUGCACCCCGCCACCAUGCGGAAGCACCUGGACCGGAUCCGGUUCCGGGGCCAGAGGCGGGACGAGUUCCUGGAUCUGGCCGAUUCGCCCAAUACGUCCGACACGGAAUGCACCGAGGAGGUCGUGAUCAAACCGCGACUCGCCGCCAGGGAGGCGGAGGAGCUGAGGGAGGCGGAGUCAGAGCAGCAGGGUGAAGCGCCGGCCGGUCCGGCGACGUUUUCUGGGGGUCUCCAAGACGACUCGAGGACGGAUCUCAAUGAGGUCAAAGGUCACCUAGAAAUCGCUCUGUUGGAGAAACACUUCCUGCAGGAGGAGCUGCGGAAGCUCAGAGAGGAGUCCAACGUGGACGCCCUGCGGCAGGAGCUGGAGAGGGAGCGCAGCAAGUGCGCCGAGUUGGAGCAGAAGAUCGGCGACGUGGUGAAGCCCAGACUUGAAGACUCGCCUUCUGAGACGCGUAAAGCCCCGCCCCCUCCUGCACCGUCCUCCACCAGCACAGACAAGCAGAAGGACACAUUGAGCGACAGCUUCCUGAAGUGGCUCUAUGAGCGCUGCGGCGUUUACAUCGAGGACUUCCGCUUCCAGCCGGAAGAGCAGACGGUGGACACGGAGGAGCCGCUAAGCGCCAAGAGGUUGACUGAAAACAUGAGACGCCUCAAGCGAGGAUUCAAACCUCUGACCAAUUUCAAGAGGAACCUUACUGCCUUAUCCAGCUGGAACUCCGUCUACACGUCGGCCAUCGCCUUCAUUGUCUACAUGUAUGCGGCGUGGCACGGCUGGGCCGUCCCGAUGUUCCUGUUUCUCGCCAUCCUGCGCCUCUCCUUGAAUUGUCUCAUUGCCAGAGGCUGGAGGAUCCAGUGGAGCAUCGUACCUGAAGUGUCAGAGCCAGUGGAGCCUCCCAAGGAAGACCUCACAGUGUCUGAGAAGUUCACGCUGGUUCUGGACGUUGCUCAGAAAGCUCAGAAUCUGUUUGGGAAGAUGGCAAACAUCCUGGAGAAAAUAAAGAAUCUGUUCAUGUGGGUGCAGCCAGAGUUGACUCAGAAGCUGUACGUUGGUCUGUGGCUGGCCUUCAUCUCCUCCUGCCUGCUGCCGUUCAAACUGCUGGGAUUCAUCAUAGGUGUGUACGCAGGUAUAAAGUUCUUCAUCAUCGACUUCAUCUUUAAGAGUUGCCCCAAGCUGAGGCAGCGCUUCGACACGCCUUACAUCAUCUGGACCCACCUGCCCACCGACCUGCAGCUGAAGGAGCGCGGCGGCACCACGUUAAGCAGACGGGUGACUGUAACGGCCGGCCGAGGCAGCCUCGGCGCCGCAGCUCCUGUGGGCGUCAGCCGGGACGAGGACGGAGGACGAUACUCCAGCACCAAGAGAGGAGCUUUCCACGAAGUCUUCAGCCUGCCGGAGAGCGAGCGUCCUCUGACAGUGUGCGAGAGCGGCUGGCGCUGCUGCCUCAUCAACAGAGACCGGAAGACGCCGACGGACUACAUCCGCAACGGGUACCUCUACGUCACCGAGAAUUAUCUGUGCUUCGAGAGCUCCAGCUCCAGAUCCGGAUCCUCCAAGAGGAACAAAGUCAUAAAACUGCUGGACGUCAUCGACAUCCAGAAGUACAAAGUUUUGUCCGUGCUGCCUGGAUCCGGGAUGGGCAUCUCCAUCGCGACGCCAUCCACACAAAAGCCCAUGGUGUUCGGAGCGAUGAUCCACAGAGACGAGGCCUUCGACGCCAUCCUUACCCAGUACAUGAAGAUCCUCAACAGGAGUCCAACCACCAGCCAUGAGAUAUAGCAACAGCUUUACAAAACGGCUGCGUUCUCACACACAUGCACACACGCACACACACAGAUACUGGAAUGGUUUCACUGUGUUCAUCAGUGACGACUUUAAAUAGCUGUUGAUUUUAGUUUGGGCCACUCUCACCUGAUCCGGGCUGCCAACCAACUGCCGAUUUCCUGCCGGGAUCCACAGUGUCACAGGAUCCGGACGGUUAGCUUUGCGGUGAUCCUUAGGGCUACUUGUUAAUCGCCUGCAUAGACUAAUAGAGACUCGGGUAAAUAUUUUGAGAAGGGUGCCUUUUACUACAACCUCACACUUGAUGAAUUCAGUAUAAAGGAGAAUUUGUUCCCUGUCUAAUGUCCAUAAGUGUUUUUCCUUUUUCUUAAUUAUAUCCCUGUUAAGCUGCAAAACUCCCUGCACAGAUCCUUCACAUUAAAAGUCCUCAAAGGGCACAUACCUCCUUUUACUUGGAAGGUUUUUAAUGUGAAACAUGAGCUAUGAAAGGAGCUUUUCUACAUUCAAGUUCAAUCAGCUUGUUGAGGCUCGGUUUGAUUUCAGCUCAAGACAUUCACAUCACACAGUGGGAAUUGACUACUCUAUCAGCAUUUGUGAGGAUAGAUUCAUCAUUGAAGUCACUUUCAUUUCCAUUCUUAUUUAGAGCUUUGCCAAUGUGAGAAUUUUCUAAAGUGCUGUUUGUUUUAUGCAUCAUUGCGAACUGAAUACCUCUCAGGUUGGGACUGUUAAUACCAUAACACAGAUGAAAAUCACUUGCAUGUUAAUUUUAAAGACCUAAAUCUCUCUUUGGCUUCACAUAGGGGUAAAAGUAAAUGAAAAUGUUUUAAAUUUAAGGUGCUCUAAAAAGUAGAACAACAACUGAGAAAGUAGGGAAAUGGUCCGGAGCAUAUCAAUUCAAUUACUCCCAAAAUAAUCAGUUUACAAUGAUUUAUAAUACCGUAGGCCUACUUACUUUCUGGAUGACAUGUCAGUUACACUUACAUGUUUCAGUGUUUUUUUUACUUAAUAACAAUUUCAAUCUGUUCAACAGUAUUAACAGAUUUUUAAACUUCCUUCAUUUACAUUAGUGUCUUCAGGGAUUUGUAAAAACGUAUUCAUUUUAUGCCGCUGUAUUGUACUUAGCAGCUUAGCCUACAGUCCGUUAAUAUUAUGGUAUGUUUGUUAUGUGGUGGUAAGCGAUGGUUUGUGUUCUAUUGUUCUAUAGCAUUUAAUGUGAACCACAGAAUUAACCUCAACCUAAUUUUCUGUCUCAGUUAAAAGCUAAAGCUACCAAUGUUACUUUAGUGUAGCUCUUAUGUUUCAGCUAAAAGCUAACAAUGUAAACCACUUGACAGAUACUUCAGUGUAGCGCUUUUAGGUUUUAGCUAAAAGCUAAAGCUAACAAUGUAAACCAUUUGAAAGGUACUUCAGUGUAGCGCUUUUAGGUUUUAGCUAAAAGCUAAAGCUAACAAUGUAAACCAUUUGAAAGGUACUUCAGUGUAGCGCUUUUGUGUUUUAGCUUAAAGCUAACAAUGUAAACCACUUAGUUACUUCAGUGCGCUUUUAUGUUUUAGCUAAAAAAACAAAUUCAAACCACUAAAUUUAUGAAAUGUAAUUGUUUUUUUCGGUUAGGGCUUUAGCUUUCUUUCCCAACCAAUACUUUAAAGCCACAUAUUAACAUCCAAUAUCAACACAUUAUAAUAUCACAAUUUGUUUCUGCUUCAGCUUUUCUCUUAGCCUGAAGUGUGAUGAAUAAAGCUAAACAAUUUAAAAAACACAAUGAGCUGAAAGGUUUCACAGUUCAGUUGACGUCAUUAAAUAUUAUUAAACAAUAUUUAUUCAAACGGUGUGAAUUACUAGGCUUAAAACAUCAGAUUUUUCAAAAUGGAAUCUAGUUCUUCUAACUUCUAACUAACGAUGUUUUCUUGACCUUUCUAACUUUGAAUAUGGAAACAACUUGGAAGCUACCAA